AUGGCUCGUCGGCAAUCCCUGUACAUGAAGUGUCUGGGCCGACAACGGCGCUUCGAUGAACCGAUUUUUAGUAUGCCAUCCACUUCGAAAGAAAAUACCCCACCAAGGAAACCUUUGUCACUACGUACCUUGGAGAAAUUGGACUCAAUUGACUAUUCGUCGAAUGUUGAUUCAAGUGAUUGUGACUCACCGUUGCUAAAAGUGCCACCAACUUUGCGAAGUUUUGAUAAAUUGACCGUAGAUGCAAUACCGCAGUACCUUUUGAAUAAGAUCUCUACGCUUUAUGCAGAAAGAAUUGAGAGGCCAAUUGAGGAAGUGUUCAAUGAUCUUCGGGAAGCUUGUAUGUCGCUAACAGUUGAUUGAAGUGAAUAUACCCAACAUAGGGGGUUACGGGUGGGCUUGAACUUUCUACGGGGCAUCAAAAAAUAUGUCAUCAUGACGGGUUAAGGCAAAUUCGUCAUGGUGACAUAUUUUUGAGCUUUGGGGAACCCCUUUGAUUUUCGUUCAAAGCUCGAGGAACCCCAUAAAAAUUGUUGGAUGCCUUUCUGAUGAAAAUCGAUUUUACCCAGUUGCUCUCAGAAACUUUGGCUUCUCAUGACGACCGUAAAAUCUGAUUCCUGAAUAAACCUCGUGGUCCCAACUGUUUGUUCCAAACAGUAAUUCGACCCUGAUUUUCCGCAAAACGAAGUGAGCUUGAACUGUUUUUUUAUUCCCAGUUUUUCUAUUCCGUCCCCGUCGCUAUUCGAACCUUGAGCUUUUGAGGUGUCCAAAACUUCCCGGACAAUGACGAAGCCCUCGUUCGCUGUUCAUUUCACGGUGAAAACGACUAUUAUACAUUGUGAAAACGACGCCAGCCGGUUCCGGGUUAGGUCCAUAAGCGAAAAUUCGGCGCCCGAAUAUUGUAUCGAGACGGGCAUGGUCGAAGAAUGUAAAUUUAUAUUGUUGAGAUGGUUCAGGGAAAUCUCUGAUUUUUGCGAAUAAUAGCCUGAUUGUAAUGUGAUUUUUAGGUCAGAAAUCGAAUAAAAAUUACAUUUUUUUUUGUUUUAGCAUCAAGAUCAAUUUAAAAAAUUGAACAAAAAUAUAGAUGUUGCUAUACCAAAAUCAAAUUUAAAACUGAGUUUUGGUCAAAAAAUCAAGUAAAAAAUUUUUUGAUUUGAGCUAUAAUAUCUUUUUAGCAAGCAUCAAAUUAUUUAAUCUUCCGUAUUUCAGCCCGAAAUGCCCAACAACUUGGUCGGGAUCGCCAGUUCGCUCAGAGGUUUACAAAUAUUUUGGUCAAUUUCAACGCAAUUGAAUGCGCGUCGUCGUCGUUUGCUGAUGGUCCCGAGUACCCACCCAGUGAAGCCAUAAAUGGAUCGGCAAGAGCCCACAACCCGGAUGCUUUCUCAGCGGCUGAUAAAAUGGCCAGAUUGGUGGAGAUCUUGUUUUAUGUCACAAAAAAUCGUGAGUUUUUGGAUUUUUGCUGA